GUUAAUUCAUGCAUAAUAAACUAAUCCACAAAUCAUAUUGAUACCAUGUUUAAUCCAAAUGCCAUUGCAUAUUGCCUGAUCCUAUUUCCAUUUUGAAGCAAACAAACACACGACACCAAACACCAUGCCGGGAAAAGUUAAAGUAAGAAUUUUAGCUGGCCGCAAUCUACCUGUAAUGGAUAAAUCAAGCGAUGCAUCCGAUGCAUUUGUUGAGGUGAAACUUGGCGGAACAACCUAUAAAACUGAAGUUUAUCGCCGAUCGCUCAAUCCAUAUUGGAAUUCUGAAUGGUUUCGGUUUGAAAUUGAUGAUGAAGAACUGCAAGAUGAACCAUUACAGAUUCGGAUAAUGGAUUACGACACUUAUUCAGCUAACGAUGCUAUCGGCAAAGUUUAUAUCGAUCUGAAUCCAUUAUUGCAAAAGGAUUCCAAGCAUGUACUUUCCGGUUGGUUUCCCAUCUACGAUACAAUGCACGGAAUACGUGGCGAAAUCAACUGCAUUGUCAAAGUGGCUUUGAUAUCCGAUGCUAAUCGUUAUCGGCAAUCAUCUUGUGGUUUUAAAUUUUUUUAUUGUCCCAAAAUCCCGGAAGGUUAUAUUUGCGAAGCUAUACUUGGUUUUGUUGAAGAAUUAGUCGUUAAUCAUGAUCCCGAAUAUCAGUGGAUUGAUAAAAUCCGAACGCCAAGAGCAUCGAAUGAAGCACGACAAACACUGUUUUCGAAAAUUUCCGGUGAAGUACAGCGUAAAAUUGGCAUUAAAGCAUUGGAUUUAGGCGGUAAUGCUGUGGUUGGUUAUCAACAACAUUUCGAUCUGGAAGGCGAAUCCGGUAUCGUUGUGCGUGGUAUCGGUACAGCUGUUCUCAUCACCAAACUAGUCUCUAUCAAUAAUAAUUUAGCCACCGAUAUACUGCCAUCAUCAUCAAUACCUGUGGAAGAAUUAACGUGCAAAUCAGCAUCGCCAACCGUGCAAUUGUAUAAUGGAUCAACUAAUAUUUUCAUCAAAGAUUCCAAUCAGGAUGCAGAACAACAACCACAACAACAAUCGAUCAACAAAACGGACAAACAUUCGAAUUCAUCUUGUUUGCGUCGAUUAUCCGAUUCGGACCUGAAUCAAUUAUCAAAUCAGCAUAAUCAAAGUAAUAAUUCUGUUGAUGUGGCUUCAUCCUCAUCAUCCACAUCGUUCAAUAUGACCACAUCGACGACAGCCACCACGAUAUUGAAUAUCACUAAUAAUAAUAAUAAAUCAUCCAAUAUAAUGAAUAAAAUGAAAUUAUCUCCAGAAAAAUUGCAAUUACUCGAAUAUCCAUUCUUAACAUUGAAAACAUUCCCCACCGGCUUGAUAGCCAAUCUGGGUGGCAUUAUAUCGGCACGCUCGGUGAAACUUCUCGAUCAGAUUAAUAACCCAGAUGAUCCGGAAACACGUGAUGCAUGGUGGACUGAAUUGCGUAAAGAAAUUCGUUCGCAUAAGAAAACAUUGAAUUGUAAUGCUGUUUUGGGUUAUACUGAAACUGCAUACAUCAAUGAUGAAAUAUGCAUCCUAUCGGCUUGUGGUACAGCAGCAUUGCUCAAAACAUCGGAAACCGAUAUUGAACAAUUAUAUAACCACUAUAAUCAAAAUGUUGCCAACACUACCAACAACAUUAACGAUUCGAAAAGCCAUUUUUAUGAUUUCAAAAGUUCCUUCAUUCAAUCAAACCAUUCACAGCAUCAACUAAAAUCAUUAAACAUUAAUCAAACAACCACCACCACGACAACAUGUCACAUUUGUCAUGUGCCAUAUCAAGAUAACCAGGUUCCCUUUCCAACGAAUUUAAUGUUGUGUUCAUUAUGUAACAAAUACAAAGUGCCAGAUUUUCUAUUCAUGACCAUUGAACCAUAUGAUAGUGUGCCCACAAUUGGCUAUGGCACAUUGAUUCAGGCACGGGUUUGUCGCCCGAAACGUGAAUCGAAAGGUGAAGCUUGUGCCAAAGAAAUAUCUGAUAGUCUUCCUUUUCUCGAAUACGAACUGUAUAGACAAUUGCUCACUAAAUUAAAAAUCAAAGGAAUGAACUGUUUGUUCAAUAUUUCCAUCCAAAUUUCGUUUGGCGAAAAUAUGUUAGUAGCUGUGGCUACAGGUACCGGUGCCUUUUUUUCCCCACUUCAUCCACCAUCGCCACCAAAAAUAUCGUCCGGCAAAGGAACUUGGUGUUCCAAAUUGAAUGAAAUACAGGCACUGAUAUCGGAUAGUAUUGCACGUAAUCGAAAACUUUAUAAUCUAAGUUCAACCAGUCAAGAUUCGAAACGAACUUUAACAACAUCAACAACAGCUACUAAUGCCCUCAACAAUAAUGAUGAGGAUCUCAUCAAAAGUGACGAUAAUGAACAAAAAGUUAACAACAACAACAGCAAUCAGACAGUAGAUCCGGUGGAAAGUAAAGAUACCUGUGUUCUAUUGGAAGUUGAUGAUACUGAAGAUGCCGAUAUCAUUUCGUUGAUGAUCGAUUCGGAUGUUCCGAAAGGAUUUGAUGUUUGCAAUUCGGAAUAUAUGCCCGGCAAAGAAUGUCAAUUUGUUUGCAAUCUGCAAAUGUUUGCACAAGUUUAUCGUACUAAAUUGCAAUCAAUCAAACAGUUUGGUCAUCAAUUUGAUUGGAUUAUUCAAUCUUUAUUCAUUAAGUUUCGUUCAUUAAUCCCAUGUUGUUUAACUGAUCUAAAAUUUCGUAUCGAUAUUCCGGAGGCGGACAUCAUCCAAAUUACCUUGACAGGUACCGCCAUUGGUAUGGGUCCACCUUCCAAAAUGCAACCAAGUUCCCGACAACGUUCAAUCACUGUUCAAUCAGAACAUCAGGACAAUGAUCUCAUAUUUAUUAUGGACAAUGUUAACGAUAUGCAAAAUGAAGUCAAUCAUUGUGAACAGCAGAAAAACCAAUACCAUUAUCAUAGCACACCAAAUGAACAUUUCGGUAUCGAAUUGACUCCGCUUAGCUAUAUACCAAAAGCGCAGAUCAGUAAUUACCUGGGUAAUUUGGAUUUCUUUUUUAUACGUGAAAGCAGUAGUAUUCGAGAUUAUGGUGGCCUUAGUGGUUUUGUUCAUAAUUUCAUGACCGAAGUGUUUGCUAUUGUUCGUUCUCAUGUGUCAUCAUUGAGUGGUAAUGCAAUGACUUCAUUUCACGUAACACAACUUUUGUUGUUGUUUAAUCCGCAUAAAAAUCAGGCGCAAUGUUUGAUCAACGUGGCUGGCGAUGUUGUUCAGGCUAAUUAUUUUGUGGAAAAAUGAAUGGAAGCAAUUAUUUAUCAUCAUCAUCACCAUGAUCUGUCAUAAUUUCUAAUCCAGCAGCUAUUAUUUGUUGUUAUAAUAAUCUUGUCUU